AUGUCUGAUCUGGAGUUCUGGGACACUUACCGAGAUCUGGAGGAGUUUGAGAAGGAGUUCGUGCCCGGGGAUGAAGCGUGGGAGGCGGUCGAUCUGGAAUUGGAGGGUGAUUUCGGGACCGUUACGUUCCGCUACCGGCCCGUUAUCCAGAUGAUCCCGUUGUUUCCGAGCCUGCCAUCGGACAUGUCAGCAGAACAGAAGACCGCCGUGAUGCAGAAGAUGUUGCGCAUCGUGCUUGACCCGAUCAUGGAUGUUUCAACGCUGGAGAGGCAUUGCAAGGUCAUUGUAGGUGAGACGCCAGGGGGUAUCCUUCGACUUCCCAAUAUCAUCACCUACUUUCGGACACUUGCACACUACGCUGCAUGGGAGCACCGGGCGAUGAUGCAGAUCGUGCCGUUGCUCGUCCACCUGCCAGGCCGUGAGGAUGUCGGGGCGGCGAUGGUGAUGUUCAACGAGUGGUACCGGGCAUACUUCAGGGUCGAGUUCCAUACAGAGGAGUCGCUCGAGCAGAGCAUCUCGAGAACCGAGGAGUAA